UGUACCUCAAAGUAAUUACAUCAGGUAGAUCCCAAGUACCAAGUUGCAAUUCAAAAACCAUCCAUCCCAUUGUGAGAUUAUCGGACUUAUAUCAUGGCAGCUCCAGGAGAGACGUACCAUCCCGCAUUCCCAUACCAGUCCAAACCCCACAUCUCAACGGGACUUCCGUUCCCUGUAACCUGCGCCCACCACAUCUCCAACACCUACCAUGCCUCCAGAGCCUAUAUCAUAGUCUCGAACUCCAUUAGCCAAACCGCUGCCUUUGCCGAUUUGCAGAAGGCUCUCGGCGACCGCAUCGUCGGUGUCCGUAAGGGCAUCAAGCCGCACACGCCAUGGGACGACGUCCUCGAGAUCAUCCAGGACGUGAGAGACAAAGCCGCCGAUAUCAUUAUCACCCUGGGCGCUGGUUCUCUCACUGACGGAGCUAAACUCAUCUCAUACGCUCUUGCCAACAACGUCUCCAACCAUGAUGACCUUUCACGACUGACCUCCGAAGCUCACCCAAAAGACCCCAAACCCUGCGCCAUCCCAAUCAUCAACAUCCCCACGUCGCUCUCAGGCGGCGAGUACUCCGCGUUCGCCGGCGCAACCGACACCCGCACCAUGCACAAAGCGGGGUUCGCGCACCCGUCAAUGGGCGCGGAUCUGAUUGUGCUAGAUCCGGCACUGAGCGUGUCGACUCCAGCGCGGAUCUGGCUCUCGUCUGGGAUGCGGGCGGUGGACCACUGCGUGGAGGGACUGUGCUCGAUGAGUGGGAAGGCGGGGGAGGAGAGUCGGGCGGGGUUCGCGGCGGGGUUGAAGCUGCUGGUGCCGAACCUGUUGGUUACGAAGGAGAAGUGGGGGGAUGAGCAGGCAAGGCUGAAGGAGAUGAUGGGGGUGGUGGAGGCAAUGAAGGCGUUGGGGUUGGGGGUGCCGAUGGGGGCCAGUCAUGGCAUUGGACACCAGCUGGGACCGCUGGGAGUGGGACACGGGGAGACGAGUUGCAUCAUGUUACCGGCUGUGUUGAAGUUCAAUGUGCGGCAUGGGGAUGAGAAGGUUAGGGGACUGCAGCAGAAGGUGCUGGAUAUCUUGUGGGGCGAGGAAACCGUCGCUGAGGUUCUGACCAGGCGGGGAUUGGAGAAGAGCACGGCGGAUGCGGGGGACGUGGUCGGGGCUGUGGUCAGCGAGUUAGGUCUGCCGCGAACCCUGAGCGAGGUUGGAGUAGGGAGGGAGAAGCUAGAUGCCCUUGCUGACAACUGCUUGAAAGAUCCCUGGCUGAAGACGAACCCCGUGCCGGUUGUGGAGAAGAAGCAAGUGCUAGAGAUCCUCGACAUGGUUGCCGGGGAUGGGAAGCCGUCCCUAUAAGGAUAUAGUUGGAAAAUGCUUACAGUAUGCACUUCCUCGUGAUCACUCAUCAUCCAUCCC